UGGGGAGUGCGUUUCCUGUUUCCUGCCUCUUGGGUCGGCGUCUUUUUUCAUCGAGGCGCAAAUUCCCGGGUUUUUGUCAACUUACGAGGAUAAAAUAGACGGAUAGUCGUGGCUCCGCACUAUAAAACUCUAUCAAGUCUUGUCUAGUGGUUUGUGUUGCCAGAACAAGUCACAACAUGUACAGUGGAAAUCAAGACCUGCCAAAUAUGCUGGACGGUGAUUUUAACCCAGAUUUGAUGAAUGCUGAUCAGUUUUGCUUCAACUGCGAGCAGAUUUUUUCAAGUAGAAAAUAUCUUGAAGAACAUCUUUGCUCAGUUCCAUCCUACAUUUGUUCUUGUGGAACUGAGUUUACAUCAUAUAAUGACAUGCUGCAACACAAUAGUUCCCAUGAUUCGGGAUACCAGGUACUUUGUCAUGAAACUAUAAAGAAGCAAAGAAUUGAAAAACAUUGCGAGGAAGAAGAGAAGUUGAAAAGACUUCUAUCUGGUGAGGUUAUCUGGCAGAGUCCUAAGUCUUUACUUUCAAAAACUGCCCCUCAAAUACCCAUUUUACCCAAGGUGCCCCAAGGCCCAGUCCAGCCACCCAUAUUACCGCAUCUUUCUCCAGAUUUGAUGAAAAAUGUCUCAGGCCUCAGACACAAGCAAAAUGUUUUCAAAUAUUGGUGCUCCAACUGUGGAUCUAUGGACACUUUUCCAACCUGUUGUGGUUUUGAAAACAUUGCGUUCUUUUUCCAAGACACAUUCAUAUAUUUGUGGUAAAUGUGGACAAUCCUUUUCAACCAGAAGGGCCCUAGUCAUACAUCAUAACACCCACAUUGCAGACAAAGUGCUUGGUUGCAUUGGUUGCGGACUGCUCCUCUCCAGCAGGAAGAUUGUUCCACGCUUCCAUCCUUGCAACUCUCCAUACAGCAAAUUCAAUAGAUUCAAGCUUAUUACUGCUAGACCGCUUACCCAAAUCACUGCAAACAUAGCGAAUGGACUGGGCCAGCUUCCAAUUUCCCCUCCAACAGUGAAAAUCACAAAUAAUAUUGCAUCCUCUAAAAUUAAUAAAGGUUUCUGUGUUAAUUACACUACCAGUGCUGCCAAGCGGCCCAAGCCUGUUCAAGCUAAAUCUCUAAUUUCAAAUGCCAAAACACUCAGUGUAAACAACUCACCUGCAACACAAGCUGGUCCUGGAGCCGUGAGCCUUACACCUGGGAAAGGCUAUGAGUGUCGAGUCUGUCAUGUCUUCUUUGAAAGUAUCAACGUCCUUCAGAGGCACAAGUGUGCUAAAGCUCACGAGUUCUUGAUGAAACAUAAACUCACUGCACCAGCUAACCGGCAAAGACAAGUUGUGCCAUUGCAAAUUCCUAGUUCAUCUUUGCAAAAGAGUGUCGCAAAGACUGUCCUGUCUGUCCCUGGUGGCAACAGACUUUCUAAUGUGAACAAUAAAGACACAUCGACAGCAGUUGCUGAUGACGACUGUUUCAUUGUUGAAAGUGGACCAGAGAAACCGGCAGAGGUGAUUUACCAAGUGACCUCCUCUGUCCCCAUCAAGACUUGAACUAGUAUUUAAGUGAGAUUUGUCAUAUUUGCUACCAUGUAUAGCUAUUGUGUAACAUUGUAACAUGUAAAUAGGCUAAUAUCAUUCAUGUUUGUUACAUGUUUUUAUUUACUGUACACAUUUUAAAAACAUCAAUCAGUAUGAGUGUUGAAAAGUUUGCAUUGUACUUUUAAACAUAUUAACUUUGGCACCACUUGUAUGUGUAUAUAUUGCUGGGCAUUUGUUAUAAUAAACUAUUUUUAGUCAUGCCUGUA